AUGGGAAAGCAUGGCGCAGGCCGUCGACCUGCACUCAUGGGAUGCGUCAAGCGUGUCUGGAGCGCUUUAGAUUAUGUUUCGAAGUCCUUUGGCGUUGCGAUGCGCGCUUGUGAGACAGAGCCUGACGCGACGACCGAGCUGAGCGAACUAGUGGGAGUGACGGGAGCGGGGCCUGUAGAAAAUAGCAAUAGCGACGACCCCGCAGCGUACUGUGCAGCUAUUGCGCAACACGAAAACGGCACCGGAAAGCCUUGCGGCUAA